UAUCAAUACGAGAAAUUGUACUUUAUUUAUCUAAAAUAUACGCGCCCCCUUCCUUUAAUUCUCUGUUUUUUUAAUGGCUUAGAUACAACACGAUUUUGCGGUGGCCAUAUUCAUGUUUUUCUGAGUAGCUCCGACAAUGUUCUUGCCAAAAGCCGCGAUCUCGUCGGCAUCGUCCUUGCGCAAUCCUCGAAGGCGCCAACGUACAAGCUCUGAUGAACCGGUCAACCCCCCCAAAGCUAAAAGGCAACGGUCCAGUUUGCGUCAUGGUGGAUCAGACAUCUUUUCAGAGGAUCCAAGCGAGUUGCACGAACAUGAGCUUUGCUCAACAACUAUUGCUUCCCAAGACCUUGAGCCCCAACUCGCAGACAAUGUUACUUUCCAGGAGAGCAUGCCAAUUAGAGGUCCAAAGAAGUUAGAGAGACGAGGCGAGGCUGACGGGACCAUUGUCCUCUCCAAAACCGACUUUUACAAUGUUUUGCAAUUACCGGCCUUGCCAGAUCAGAUCCGCGGACUACAAUCAGGCAAGUAUUGCCCAUUUCUUCGCGAUUCAUAUUGUUAACACGAAGACAGGAUCCUAUAAAUGCUUCUUUGGUGCUGGCAAUUGCUACGCCUUAGCCAUGACGCAUUCCCAUGCAAUUAUCUGGCUAUACUCAAUUGCCACUUCCUCACCCUCACCCGCCGAUGUGUUUACUAUUUCCAUACCCGAACCCUUCAGGGAGCCAAAUGGGCCAAUUCCUCUUGGAAUCUUACUAUCUAGUGUAACAGCUGGGAUUCCAGGAUUGAUGAUCAUCGCUCCUGACACAGGGAAGAUUAUAUACUGGGAAACUGUCUCAUGUGCUGCUUCAUUGGGCCUGGCCAGGCAGAAACAGAGGGCCAUCCAGGGAUGUAUACCUAAUCUUCUCUCAGGUGAACACAUUACAGAUCUCGUGAAUGGCGAGCCUUCUGGUAUUAUAGUCACAUUAUCGUCAGGGAGGGUUGCUCAUAUUACCGUUCGGGAUCCACAAGGAAAGCCGACAGUGACUGUUUAUUUCCUGCGAAAUACGUCUGGGCUUGGUAGGAUUGGGUUUUUCGGUGGAAUUAGAAAUGUCUUGGGUGGAGGGUUUUCAAGGAAAGACCUAGCUGCAGUCAGAGCUGGUGAUUCUCAUCAACGUGGACAGCGAGAUAUCAUAAUCGCUACGUCAGGCGGUCUCUUUGAAAUUUGGGACACGCAUUGGAAUAACGGGAGUAUAUUGAAGAAACAGUUUGAUAUAACAAAUGACCUAUGCCAUCAUCUUGAUACGGAGAACUCCAACAGAUCUGAUGACUCCAACAUCAAGAUCUUGGACUUUACACUCAUGCCGGCUGGAUCGAACGUCCGUGGGCUACGAGCUAGCGCGUCGGUACCAUCGUGGCAUUUAUUGCUACUUGUAACUCAGUCUGAGAUGGGCUCGCAAAGCAUGUCCCUUGUGCAAGUCAAUCUAGCCGAGCAAGUCCAUAUCUUGUCUACCCACCCUAUUGAUCUCCAUGGGGCCUCGACGGAUCUUGAUUCAAAACCGAAACUGUAUCUUCCCAAGCCCGGUGAUACGGCAUUCGUUUUAAUGAAUCACUCUGUUGUACUUUUAUUCUUGACUCCAGGCAAAGACCAGUCCGCGCAACAUCAACAACCGCGCGCGUUCCAGGACUCUAUCAGUUUCCGCUCAGGAAAAGCCUUUGAAAUUCUAGGCAGUGGCGUUGAGGACAAAAGCGAUGAGAACUGUCCCGCAUGUCUGAUAAUGGUCCGUGAUUUUGGUAUCAUCCGCAUUACAGCUUUACCACAGCACAACUCGUGUUCCACUGAAUGUGUUCGAAUUACUGCUAAGCAAAAGAUUGAGCAAGCCAUAUUCUAUGGUACCAUGCUUGGAAACCCACUGAAUUUGAACAACAAGAGUAGCCUGGAUUUCUCUGUCAUGGAUAUCGAGCAAGCCGCGUUGGAGAUUUGCAGAGAAUUGCUCCAAUCUAGGUCAAAUUUUAUCCCAGUGACAGCAAUAUCCUUAGAACAGAAUCUACGAUCGAGAGCAAAAGCUUUGGAUGAUCUGGCAUGCCUUUUGAUGCAUCAAAAUAAGUCAUUAGGUCAGCAAACUUGGUGGGAGUUAUUAUGGGGCGCGGAGAAACUUGCGGCUCAGAGGGCUAUGUGGAAGAUAGAAGAAAGCUCUAAGAAAUUAAAGGGCAAGGGACCGACCUUUCUUGCCCACGUUAUCAACUCGAUGAGUGACAAGUUUAAGACACGAGUUGAGAAGCAAGACGGCGAAGUUGAUUCCGUCCGCAACUGGUUUCUCUAUGAUACAUUCCAGAUGGAGCAUGUUGUUCCAUGGAUUUUCAAUGCCAUUAAGCCAAAGAAAGGGCACUCGUCGAGACAAGGACGAAAGAUGUCGGAACAAAUACUGGAAGCAAGUGAGCUUUCUUUGGCAGUCUUGGAGACCGCAUUUAGAUUCCGUGAUGAGCACGCUAGUCGGUAUGGUAUUCGUGACGGGUAUCUCGAAGAUGGCCUACUAGUUACCGGCUUCAAAGGUCUACCGGAAUUCUGGACGUCUCAAAAUUUUAGUUAUGUUGAAACGGGCCAUUUGUUGGAUCUGGAACUUGAUAGUUGCAGGGCUUGGAUUCAACAAGCAACAUCUGUUAUCGAAGCCCCCGAGAGCCUAACAGUGAAGAGAAUUGCGGGAAACGCUGCUAGACAACUCUAUGUCCUAGGCCAAAUGCAUUAUGAGCGGGUCCGGUGGCUUUCUGCCCAGGAGGACCCCAAACUGGUCGAUGAGGGCAUCGCUACCGAGCAGACCCAUGUUAAACUACGCAAGUGGCGACUCUUCAAACUUGCUGGUAUUGGAAGAUUAGAGGAUGCCAUUACGUUGGCGGAAAAAUUUCGAGAUAUGAGUGCAUUGGUAGAACUCAUCAUUGAACUUCAAGAUCAAACAAAGAGCGAAAUUCUACCCCCAAAUUCCCGAAACGAUACGUCAGAUCCUAUCAGCUAUGAUUCAGAUCAUCUCAACAAAAAAAUUUCUCUUUACUUUGAAAAGUUCGGGGAAUCAUGGGCAAAUGCAUUUUUUACCCGGCAAAUAUCGAUGCGUCAGUCGGGAAUACUGUUCGCCAUGAGGAGGUUCCAACCUUUUAUCACUCGAUUUUUGCGUAAGGAUGUAGCCUAUUCGCGACUGGGCUGGGUUAAUGAUGUGAUUGGUGAAAAUGACUACAGCGCCGCCGCUCAGUCGCUGGAAAAACUCGCAAUAGGAGGGGAAUCUGAUUUAUGGAGUCAUCGUGUCGAACUUUCCCUAGCGAAACUUGCCAAACUAGCAACAUGGGAGGAAACCAAUACACCGAGCCAUUCGGGUUUUCACAGCGAGAUACGGCAUCUAGAAGAUCUCUCUGAAAUAGAUGCCGUCCAAGAACUCAUUUACGCCUAUAUAUCCCCGGCCUUACAGGGUGCAAUUGAUCAAAGAGCUGAGGUUGACCUAGCCAUUGACCACUUUGGAAAAAGGGUUACCGAGGAUAGGCCUUCUCUACAUGAACUACUUAGUGAAGCUCUCACUAAAGUUGUCACAAGGCAAAUCAUUGAUACUCACCAAUUGGUCGAUAUAUUGACAUUGAUGGAUUCUGACCAAGCAUCAAAAUAUGGUCAAUCAGAAUUAUCCGGGAAAGAAUUCUACCUGGCCUUGCGUGUCAUUCGUCUCGGGACUUAUGCUCAACGAGAUUCACUCAGCCAUAUCACUAUGCAGAAGCUAGUGUGGCGACGGUGUAUGAUAAAAGAUAAUUGGGUGGCUACAGGAAGGGCAGCCGAGAACAUGGACAAUGGAAGCGAGCCCUUUCUUUACGAUACGGCCCUUUUCCGCACUCUGGGUCUGUGUCUUAGAGACAGAUACAAUGAAGACGCUAGCUACGCAUCCUUGUACAUCCCAACUUCUCCACAUGAUGUGUUUCUAAAUGGAUCGGACUCCGAACUUCUCUCCGCGCGCUUUCGACUGGAGCAACGGACACGGAUCAUACAUGAUCUUGAGAGGGAGAAUGAGAUCCUACAUGAAAAUGUGGAAAAAGGAAGGCUUGAUUUUUGGUUCAAGAAUCUUCUCGGCUCUGCAGAAGAGUCCGCAUCAACCCCAAUCCCCCCGACUUUUACUUCAGAAGAGUACAACAAUAACAACAACCAGCAAGGGAAGCGGUCCCCGCAGCAAAACGAGGGGUCUAGUAAGGCGCGGCUAAGAUGGCUUUGACCUUUGGUUGGGCCUCAUUAUUUAGGCUCACAAUGUGCACGAUGCUAAGCAAGUUAGGACAGUUAUGUCAGCGCAAUUAUGCACUUACACCUAUUGUAUGUAAUUUGACCGGAUACAAAGGCAGAAUUUAAGUUAUCACGGCCCUCGUGUGUCUGCUAAUUAUCUAAUCGUCCGUCAUUUGUGAAGACAAUCUGAAUUAUGAAUAGUAAUUGCUCUUGAUCACAAUGAGUUUGAAAACUCCUGCGCACUAUCUACUGCUAGGGGCUUCGAUGAAAAUAGUUACAACAAUGCCAACACUCAUGUGGGACGGAGCCCAUGGCCCUGUUAUACCAGUGUCUUAUCGGAACUAGCGACUCCGUCAAGAUUUAUCACAUUGUUUCCAUAUCCAGAUCUUUCUUCACUUUGCACACCAUGGAAGCUUUCUUCGAACACAGGCUCUGGCUCAAUCGUCUCAAACUUGGUUUUAAAAUCCGCUAUUCCUUGAGUGCUACUAUUGGAAUGGCGCCGAGCGUUUGUGAAUGUGUACUCAUAGUCAUGGACUUCGUCGCCCGACCGACCCCUAAGUAUACGGUUAAUGAGUCAUGGGGCGGGGAUGA